UCGUCUUGAUGUCCACAUGGUUGGCGGCCAAUUCAUCAUUCCCUCAAACUCCGGAAGAACUCUUCAGCCACCUCAGGCACAUACCUCACAUAUUAGCAGACAGCCAACCCCUCGAUCUGCCGGUGACCCUACAUCUCUUACAAGUUCAACCUUGACUUCAGCCUCGUUACGAGCACUGAAUCCGAGCACCACAGCGCCAUCCUCUUCGCAGAGUCUUGCAAUAGCUACUUUACCAAGUGUACACAGAAUGCCAGUUCCCGCCACAUUUCUACAGUAUCCAGGAGCAUUUUAUCCCGCUUUUCAGAAUGGAAACAUGAGUGAUUUUAAACAGUUGAACACGGCACAAAUACAGGCUUUCAAUGCUCAUGCUGCGUUCCCAACAGAUCUUUCAAAAAUAAAAACGCCUAUUAUCAAUAGAAACUAUCUCGAACUUGCAAUGCUUGUUUGCAACACAUUUCGCGGGAAACUUUCUCCAUGUCCACAUUGCCGCUACGUCACAGAUCGACGGAACAACCUCAAAAGACACAUUUCCACAAUGCAUCAAACAUGCGAUAAAGUGCUGGAGUGUUGUGGAGUGACAUUUGGUACUAAGGCUUCUUUAAGGGAACAUAUUAUGAUUUUCCAUCACAAUGGUUACUCGUGCCCUUACUGCGGACGUCGUUUUUGUCGGAAAGCGUUAUUGAAACGUCAUCUGUCGGUUCACAGUGGCCAGAAAGACUUUUCCUGUCCCAAUUGUGAUUAUGCCACAAGUCAUAAAAGUAAUCUGGAAAGACAUAAACGUAUUCACGAAAGGCUGAAGUCACUGGACGACAAUAAGACGCCCUUUGUUGAUGUAGACACAUUCUGUGAGCAGACGACUGCUUCUGCUUCCAAACCUGGGAUUGAUGAAACGGACGAAACCUUAUUUCAACAAACAAUUGACAUAGUUGACUCAGAGAUCUCUGAUAAUGAGGAAAUAAAUGUAACUACCACCGAGGAAGAAAUAGAGGUCUAGCUUUCUCCCAUGCAUUUAGUGUCAUCUCUCUG